AUGUCAUCAAGAAACGUCGUAUCGAGGCUCGGGCUUGUGCGACAGAGCGCGGCUUCGUUGCAGGGGAGAUGCUGUCGACGAUGCUUUGCCAGUGUCACUGGAGCUGCCUCGGAGGAACAGUGGCCGCAAAGAACACCUCUCGGAGCAUACUACCAAGCCAUUUUCGAAAACCCUACUCUGUAUUCGCCUCCGAGAUCGCUUAAGAAGGCACCUAGCUCCACCUCCACGGACACGACUCAGAAGCCCCAAGACGCAAUCUCCAAGACCUUCCCUACGCUGCCACCCGAAGAAACACAAACACCUGAAGCAAGGGCACGCGUCAUCUUUGGCUCUCGUCUCCUCGGCCCUGCGGAAGAAGCCGACCGCCUUGCCAAGAAGAAGGCGAAAUCUACAUACAUUGCCGGCAUCCUCAUCCCCCCUCGCCCGGAAGAGCCCGACAACUGCUGCAUGAGCGGGUGCGUCAACUGCGUGUGGGAUCGCUACCGAGAAGACUUGGAAGAAUGGUCGGCGACAAAGGCCGAAGCGAAAGCGCGAUUAAAGGCUGGGGGCCGUACCAUGGAUGCCGAUGGCGGUCGAUCGGAUGCGGCCUGGGAGCUCACAAAGGAUAGAUGGGACGAGGAAGCCUUCCAAAACGUUCCAGUUGGCAUUCGCGAGUUCAUGAAGCAGGAGAAGCGGCUCAAGGAGCGACACCAGCGAGAGGGAACAUUGGGCGGCUGA